ACCUCGUCGCGCUGCUUUACGAACCUAGAGCAGCACCACCCCGCCUCCUCUCUCCCUCUUCACUUCCCCGCCCCCUCCCAGUUUCGCGUCUCCCAGCCCGACGCUCCCGCUAUAAUCACGUGAUUGCCUCAUCCGGGUCCUUUGCGUUCUCUCUCCCUCUCCCAACAUGGCGGCCUCAGCAAAAAAGAAGAAUAAGAAGGGGAAAACUAUCUCCCUAACAGACUUUCUGGCUGAGGAUGGAGGGACUGGGGGAGGAAGCACUUAUGUCCCCAAACCAGUCAGCUGGGCUGAUGAAACAGACGACCUGGAAGGAGAUGUUUCAACUACUUGGCACAGUAAUGAUGACGACGUGUAUAGGGCACCUCCAAUUGACCGUUCCAUCCUGCCCACUGCUCCACGGGCUGCUCGGGAACCCAAUAUCGACCGGAGCCGUCUUCCAAAAUCGCCACCCUAUACUGCUUUUCUAGGGAACCUGCCCUAUGAUGUGACAGAAGAUUCCAUUAAGGAAUUCUUUAGAGGAUUAAAUAUCAGUGCAGUGCGUUUACCACGUGAACCCAGCAAUCCAGAGAGGUUGAAAGGUUUUGGUUAUGCUGAGUUUGAGGACCUGGAUUCUUUGCUCAGUGCCCUGAGCCUCAACGAAGAGUCUCUAGGUAACAGGAGAAUUCGAGUGGACGUUGCUGAUCAAGCACAAGAUAAAGACAGGGAUGAUCGUUCUUUUGGCCGAGAUAGAAAUCGGGAUUCUGACAAAACAGAUACAGACUGGAGGGCGCGCCCUGCCACAGACAGCUUCGAUGACUACCCGCCUAGGAGAGGCGAUGAUAGCUUUGGAGACAAGUAUCGAGAUCGUUACGAUUCAGACCGAUACCGGGAUGGGUAUCGGGAUGGGUAUCGUGAUGGCCCACGCCGAGAUAUGGAUCGAUACGGGGGCCGGGAUCGCUAUGAUGACCGAGGCAGCAGAGACUAUGAUAGAGGUUAUGAUUCCAGGAUAGGCAGUGGCAGAAGAGCAUUUGGUAGCGGGUACCGUAGGGAUGAUGACUACAGAGGAGGCGGGGACCGCUAUGAAGACAGAUAUGACAGACGAGAUGAUCGGUCAUGGAGCUCCAGAGAUGAUUACUCUCGGGAUGAUUAUAGGCGUGAUGAUAGAGGUCCCCCCCAAAGACCCAAACUGAAUCUAAAGCCUCGGAGUACUCCUAAGGAAGAUGAUUCCUCUGCUAGCACCUCGCAGUCCAGUCGAGCAGCCUCUAUCUUUGGAGGGGCGAAGCCCGUUGACACAGCUGCUAGAGAGCGAGAAGUAGAGGAGCGGCUGCAGAAGGAGCAGGAGAAGCUGCAGCGCCAGCUGGAUGAGCCCAAGCUAGAGCGACGGCCUCGGGAGCGACACCCAAGCUGGCGAAGUGAAGAAACUCAGGAACGGGAACGGUCCAGGACAGGAAGUGAGUCAUCACAGACUGGGACCUCAGCCACAUCUGGCAGAAGUAAGUCAGACCAGGAUGCACGAAGGAGAGAGAGUGAGAAGUCUCUAGAAAAUGAAACCCUCAAUAAGGAGGAAGACUGUCACUCUCCGACUUCUAAGCCUCCCAAACCUGAACAGCCUCUAAAGGUAAUGCCAGCCCCUCCACCAAAGGAGAAUGCUUGGGUGAAGCGAAGUUCCAACCCUCCUGCUCGAUCGCAGAGCUCAGACACAGAGCAGCAGUCCCCUACAAGUGGUGGGGGGAAAGUAGUUCCGGCUCAGCCGUCUGAAGAAGGACCAGCAAGGAAAGAUGAAAACAAAGUAGAUGGCAUGAGUGUCCCAAAAGGCCAAAGUGGGAACUCCAGCCGUGGUCCAGGAGAUGGAGGGAACAAAGACCACUGGAAGGAGUCAGAUAGGAAAGAUGGCAAAAAGGAUCAAGACUCCCGAUCUGCACCUGAGCCAAAGAAACCUGAAGAAAAUCCAGCUUCCAAGUUCAGUUCUGCAAGCAAGUAUGCUGCUCUCUCUGUUGAUGGCGAAGAUGAGAAUGAGGGAGAAGAUUACACCGAAUAGACCUCUGCAUCCUGUGCUUUCUCCUAGUCUCUCCACCCUGGAACAUUCGAAAGCGAAUCAAACCUCUAUCCAGACAAGACAAUAAAACUCACCAUCUCCUGGAGACCUUUCUUAACUUUUUUUUAAAAAAACAAAAAACAAAAAAUGAAAUUCUUAUGCAUGCUGCUGCAGCCUUUAAAGUAUUGAACUGGAGAAUCACCAGUGUAGCCAGAGAGAGAGAGAGACGUACAGCUUUUAAUGGAAAAGUUGUGCAUUUUUACGACACAUGCAGUUGCCUGUGUGAACUAGUGCCUGGGGGCCUCCAUUUAGCAAAAUGGUAGUGACAUGCAGUGUCUGGAUCUGGUUGGGCAGUAGGACAGGUUUAAGGAACAGUGUGAGAUUUCUACCUUUUCAUUCUUAACAUCCUGUUGUGGCAUAUAUGAAUUCUCAAACAUGAUCUGAAUAAAUUUUCCCUCCUUGGAAAGGUA